AUGGCGGGCAUAAAUGGUUGCAUCGACAACCUCAGGAACCAGAUACAGAAUAACCUGGUUACCUCGCUUUCCCAGCGCGAUUUCUUACCCACCGAUAAGCUUCAUGAAAUAUUUACUCUCCAAGCGGUUAAGGGCGCCAUUAAAGAGCUUAAUUGCGGCCCAGACGAUCGCAUCAAAUUAGCAGAUACGAUAUAUCACCAAGGAAAGAGGGUAUUUGCCAUGCUUAUUUACAGCUAUUGGCAAGAUCUCAUUAUAGAAUUCCGCAAGCAUGGUGCUCUUGAUAGCCGACUCCCGCUGACUGAAGCUGAUGCGAUGACGAUUGUCGAACCCGGAAUUGCGCUACGGAUUGCCCGAGAAGUCCAAUGGGGCUUUUGCCCCUAUACCUUCCCAGAGAACAUGUCGGAGCAUCAUCGUGAGAUUCAAAGCAAAAUGAUUAUCCCUUUUAUUGGUACUGAGCAAAUCGGCUUUGGCGCAUUCAGUAAUGUAGAAAAGAUGACUAUCUCGCUAUCUCACCAACAUUUUGACAAAGAUGCAAAAAUAAUGCAAGUAGUACAGAAGAAGCUCAAAAGGAAAGGCAAGACCGAAGAGUUUGAAAGAGAAAACAGGUGUUUACGACUCCUAAACCAGUUGCAUCAUCCCAACAUCAUUCCUCUAUGGGGCUCUUAUACGUGUUGCGACGAGCAGAACUUCCUCUUCCCAUAUAUUGACAUGGAUCUCGGUUCAUUCCUGAGGGCUAAAACCCGCCACCAAGAUUUCCAGUGGGAUUUUACUUUCUACUCGGCUCUCACAGGGCUCGCUUCAGCACUGUCAAAAACACACUACCUUCUGCUCAACCAAGCUGACCACGACAUCGACUUCGAGGCAAUUGGCUACCACCACGAUAUUCGACCACCUAAUAUCCUAGUUGGUUCCGAUACUUUUAUCCUCGCUGACUUCGGACUGGGGAGGCUAAAGCAGGCGGGGGACCCAUCGCACACGCCUUACAAAUGGAUUAGUGGUGAUUAUGUUUCUCCCGAAAGCACAGAUAGUCAAGAGAACCCACUUACCACCAAUCGAGCCACUGAUGUAUGGGCGUUUGGUUGUCUUAUCGCCGAGGUUAUCACCUAUAUGUUGAAGGGGGCAGAGGGGGUCGAAGAAUUCCGCACGGAGAGACUCACACCAGGAAAGUUUCCUCAAUGGAAAGAUGCUAGCUUCUAUCAACCUUGUGGUGAUGUCAAGAAAGAAGUCAUCAAUUGGAUGAGGGCGCUGAGGGGCGAUAAUUCUCAUUCGGACUUUGUUCCCCUGCUUGUUGACCUAGCUCUUGAUGCUCUUCAGCCUGAUCCACGAACUAGGCCUGACAUGAACACUAUUUAUAUACGCUUGAAAGUUUUGAGUAUGCGAAAACACUUUCACUCUAUCCAAGAAAAGUUUUGUGAGGUUCGCGAGACCGGAGAAAAACUAGUACCCCCAGACAAGCGCCAUCUAGGGAGUCUUGGAUAUGCGUACGAACGGUUUAAGGCAUGGGGCAACACUCUUACUCUGGAUAAGAAAGGAUCUCUUGUUUAUGAUAAAGAUCAACCCGAGGGUUCUAUUGAGAUUAUGAAGAAGUUAUUUCAGGCACUAAGAGAAGAAUUAGAAACGCAACACUCGGGUGAUGGACCCGCUUUGCUUUCUCUUGAACACCGGAUAGUCCAAAGUGUCGAAAGCUUAUGGAAAUUCUUGCCGAAUACUCUCCUUCCCUCGGCUGAGGAUCAAUGGCGAAAGAAACCAGAUGGUCAACCUGUUGAAGAAAGGCAGAGUUCGUAUCAUACGGCCGACGACGUUGUAUCAGCCCCCAGUAUAGCUAACCCUAUUGAUCCCCUUAAGUCUGAAUUCGAAGAAAAGGCGCAAAAUUUCAAAAAUAAUUUAGGCAAUAUUACAUUUUUCCACGAAAUCCUCAAGAUAACAUCCAUUGGUGAUGUGUACGAUAUCACAGACAAAAUCCAGAACGAGCAAAAUGAACACAAUGGACUUCGCAACCUAGCGAAAAUCCGAAGAUAUCUAGAGCGCCUGAAGGGGUAUGCUGACGUGAUAAACGGUAUUAUCAGCGGGAGCCGCCAUAUUCUGGCACUCCUCUGGGGGCCGAUAGGAAUGCUUUUACAGUUAGCGAGACCGUUGAACAAGGCUUACGACUCAUUUAUUGAUGCUGUUGCUGAGGUAGGGCAAAGUUUGCCCGAGUUUCAAGCAUCUACCUCAAUAUUCAAGCAGAACAAAGAGGCUAAAGAAAUUUUGCCAUUAUUUUUUAAAGAUAUAUUGGACUUUUAUAGCGAAGCGUUGAAUUUCUUUUGUCAUCAUAACUGGAUGCAUAUCUUUAAUCGUCUAUGGCCACAGCAGUAUAUGCAACACGCGGAAAUCGUAAACCGUAUACGACGGCUUACUCGACUGAUGAGGACAGAAAUACACAUCGGGGAUAUACAACAAGAAGAUGAGUUUCGAAAGAAAGCACAGGAAAGUUUUAAAGCGCAGAAAAGAGAGAAUUGUGCGCAGGAAUUCCACCGUAUCAUGGUAUCUUUUAGCCCAGAAAGAUAUGAUACUACCCUGGAUCGCCUCCUUAGCCAUCGCUAUCAGGCAACUGGAACUUGGCUCUUUAUGGACAAGACUUUCACACAAUGGCUCAACAGUUCGCAGGAGGAGACCCGGAUCUUAUGGUUGAAAGGGAUACCGGGAGCAGGCAAAACAGUUCUCUCUAGCGCAAUUAUAGAUCAAUUAAGAAACGUCCAGGGAACCAAGACAGCCUUCGCAUUCCUUACAUACCAGGAAGCUAAGACUUCAGCGUUAUCAACAAUCCACUCACUUAUCUUUCAGCUGGCGGAAAGAAAUGAAGAUCUCAUGGCUAUCGUUUGUGAAUCUAUGGGCAGAGAUCUAAGGGGCAAUAUUAAUGGCGCAGGUGACAUUUUAUCGUCUCUUAUCCAUUAUGCUGGCUUAGUCUAUCUCGUUAUCGAUGGUGUCGAUGAGGUUAGUGAAACAGAGCGAGGUAGGCUCAUCACCGAACUUCUUAGGUUAGUCGGGAUAUGCGGAACCCUACGAAUUAUCCUCAGCUCCCGACCUGAAGCCGACCUAACGCGGCUACUGGAUGAUAAAGCAGCCGUGAUCCAGAUUCAUGACCACAAUAAAAGAAGCAUCGAGGACUACGUUAUUGAACGCGCCCAGUACAUAUUUGGUAACCGACGGGUUCCUCUUGAUAAGAAAGCCAAGAUCAUGAAACUUUUGGAACCGUUGGCAAGUCGUGCCGAAGGUAUGUUCCUCUAUGCUCGGCUCGUUAUGGAUAUGGUCGCGAGUAUACAUGACUUGUCAGAGUUACAGAAAGAAUUGACAGUCCUUCCCGAAAACCUUGAUGCUGCUUACCAUCGUAUCAUUGUACGUUUGGAAAGUCAUAAUGACAAAAGAAGGGCAGAGAAGGCUCGGAUGCUGUUAGGAUGGGUCGCAUGUAGUACAGCUCCAAUUACUGUCGAGGAGGCUCAUCAAGCAUUAGUUGUGAUACCAGGCAAUCGGGACCAAGUAUUCGAAAUGGUGUCAAAGCUUGAUGCUGUCGAGCUUCUUGGACCGAUCGUGGAGACCGUGGACAACUACAUACGAUUUGUUCACUUCACAGCAAAAGAAUAUAUAUCCAGCCCUCACCUCGGAGAACAGCUAAUUGAUACAACCCAAGCCACAUCGGAUUUAGCUUUGCGGUGCAUUACAUAUCUAUGCCAACACCAUCAUGAUCCUGGUUUGUCAUUCGAAAAGCGAUAUGAGAAUGUCACUACUGGACAAUACAGCCUCCAUACCUUUGCAAUACGUAUGUGGUUUGAGCUAGUCUGUCAGUAUUUUCGAUUGAUCGGAGAGACUGAUCCAUCAACCGAACUGGUUGAAUCUAUUCAGAUGCUCUGGGAAUAUAGAGAGAUACGAGACCUUGACGAUACUGCUGAGGACGAGGGUGACGUCAACAACGACGAAAGUGGUAAUGAAGCUAUUUUCAAACCAUUAAAGAAGAAGCACCCUUUGCUUUAUCAGUUACUUUGCAGAGUGUCGCGGUUUCGCAAUUCAUCUUUCCUUUUCACUGGAAAUAUAAGCCAAGGUAUGACUGCAUCAUUCACACUUUCGAACCCGCUACUAGUCGAAUACAUAGGUUAG